UUUAGGCAGCCUUUCAUAACAAUACCUGAGGAAGAUGUUUCUUGAGAGAUAAAACUUAAAAAGAGAGAGAAGAAGCUUUCUGCUUUACCCAUUUCGUUUUUAUUUAUAUUGCUAAAAGUGAUGAGAGCUCAAAAGCUGCUGAUUAUAUUACCCAAAGAAAUAGGCUUCCCCUUUGAUUUAGUAUUUUUUAUUAUCUAUCUCCUGUAUAUUCCGUAGCCCCAGAACCUGAUCUUCUCCACUAAUUAACCAUCUCCUUAAUUAAUUAAUCCUUGUAAUGCUCACCAACAUUGAUCCCUCCGCCGCGCCGGAGCCCCCUUUCUCCUACGCCGCCACCAAGCGCAAGCGCCGCCCCGCCGGAACCCCAGAUCCGGAUGCGGAGGUGGUGUCGCUGUCGCCGAAGACGCUGCUGGAGUCGGAUCGGUACGUGUGCGAGAUCUGCAACCAAGGGUUCCAGAGGGAUCAGAACCUGCAGAUGCACAGGAGGAGGCACAAGGUGCCGUGGAAGCUGCUCAAGAGGGAGACGCCCGUGGCGCGUAAGCGCGUGUUCGUGUGCCCGGAGCCCACCUGCCUCCACCACGACCCUUGCCACGCCCUCGGCGACCUCGUCGGCAUCAAGAAGCAUUUCCGCCGCAAGCACAGCAACCAGAAGCAGUGGGUCUGCGACAAGUGCUCCAAAGGCUACGCCGUCCAGUCCGACUAUAAAGCCCACCUCAAGACCUGCGGCACCCGCGGCCACUCCUGCGACUGCGGCCGCGUCUUCUCCAGGGUGGAGAGUUUCAUCGAGCAUCAAGAUGCUUGCAGCAUGGGCCGCCUCCGCUCCGACGCCCACCCCCUCCAGCAGCCGCCCGCGUGCUUAUCGCGGACGGCGCUGAGCCCUAGCCCCUCCAGCGACACCAAUCUCAGCGCCCCGUGGCUCGCUCUCCCCAAGCCUAAUGAGUCACUCUUCCUAACGAGUAUCCGUCCCCCAAAUCUCGAACUCCAGCUCUUGACAAAAUCGAGCGGCGAGGAGCAAUCCACUCAGCUGCAGCUCUCAAUCGGCUCGUCGGAGAUCAACGGCGACGCGGAGAUGGUGAGCCGGUGCUCGCCGCGGGGGAGCAGCAAUGCCGGCGCGAGGGUGAAGGAUCAGGCGCAGGAGCAGCUGCGGGUGGCGAUGGCGGAGAAGGCGUACGCGGAGGAGGCGCGGCACGUGGCCAAGCGGCAGAUUGAGGCGGCGGAGCAGGAGUUUGCCAACGCGAAGCGGAUCCGGCAGGCGGCGCAGGCGGAGCUCGACAAGGCGCAGGCGCUCAAGGAGAGCGCCACGAAGAAGAUCAACGCCGCCAUGCUCGAGAUCACGUGCCAUUCCUGCAAAUCCAAGUUUCAGCAAGCGUUGUUCGCAGAGAAUUCCAAUUCCAAUUCCAAUUCUAAUUCCAUUGGAUUGAAUUUCAUCUCGUCUGCGCUCAGAGGCUGGGAAAUGAAGAAAGCGGAUAAAAAAUAAUGAGAAUAAUAAUAACUAAGUAUAAUAAUAAUACGCAAAUUAAUGAAAUGAAGUAUUUGCUGUGGUGUUAGAUUUUUUUAUUGGUAUUUACUGUUAACUUUAAUUUGUAGAUUUUGCCAUUUUGGAUGUGUAUUUUAUUCCGUAGUCGUCUGCGGUAGAUAUAUGUUGGAAUGGGGUAAUAUUUGUGUUGUGAUUUA